CUUUGACGUUGUUAUUAAUUUUAUUUAAAAAUAUUACGAAUUUUUAAACCAAAGAUUAUAAUAUCUUUUUAAUUUGUGUAAUUUAAUAACAUUUAAUUAUUUGUUUCUUGUUUGGGUAAGGAAAUACGCAGUAAUUUAAUGAUUAAAAUGUUUAAAAAACUAUUUAAAUGAUUUUAAAAUUUAGGCAACUUAAUAUACCCUUAAUACCAACAUGGUUAUACCGCAUAACCUUUAAAAAAGUAGCACUGUCUAAAAAUGCCCAAUUUAAAGUAAACCAAAACCAAAAACUAAAUAAUAUACAAGUUUUUACAUCAAAAUAUAUAAUACACAGCAUGACAACAUGCAAAACUCAAAAAGACUAUGUGCUUUAUUCACGAAACGCCUCGCAACAAAUCGCAUCAGAAUCAAACAAACUUUUUUCUCAGUCUCAUCUGCAAUACCCAACAACACAAAACUUAUAACAUCAACAACAAGUAAUAACUUCUGUGACAAACAUAAGUUAUCACCGGGACGUUUAUAUCAUGAUGAUCACUACACGGACGGAGAAGAUGAUAUCGAUACAAUCUAUCAGGAUCAACCAAAGUCAGUAAAAUACAUUUUAUAUCCAAAUCAUGAUGAUCCACUGCUUCCAUUGUUGAAUGGCUGUGCAUCAAUACAAGAAGUAUUCAAUUUCCUCAAAAAAUAUCAUCACAUUCUUCAACCUAUGCAUCUAGCUCAAUCUGUACUUGUCCUAUGGGAUUUGCAAAAGAUUUUCCAGCAUGUUACAGAGUUGACAAGCAUGGAUAAAGUUGAAAAACUUAUGAGUGACUACACAAAUGAACUUCUAAUGAGAAAUGAAUUUAAAGUACUGUUAGAAUUAUUAGAACAGAAUACACAUGGGUAUAAUGCAGAUGAAUUGAGUAGUGUUUAUAUUUACUUGAAUAAAAUAGGUGUGCCUAGAAAUGGCACAACUAUGCAAAACUUAUUCACAAAAUUAUGUGAACUAAUGCCUAAUCAUGAUGGAUUGACAGCUUUGUCAAAGUUUAUGAUUGCAGUCAAUUACAACAAGCAUAAAGAAGCAUAUAACAUGUGUAAAGACAAACUAUCAUCAAUUUUGAACAAAUUAGAAACAUGUGUAACUUCUGAAGAUAUAAAACUUAUUUCUGUAUGUUUAAACGUGUUAAACAAAGAAAUAACACCAGAUAUGCUGGAAACCUAUCAAAAUAAACUUGAAAGUUUAUUAUCUCAAGAAAUAAUCACUGCAGAAGACACAGAUGUCCUUAUAAAGGUAAUUUUAUUCUUACACUAUCCACAAUGGCGUCACAAACACGCCGAACUACUGUCAAAAUGCAUUUUGUUACUUAAACCAAAGAUAAGUCAAUUAUCUUUGAGUGAAAUCUUAGUUUUAAACGAAGUUAUCGUGAAAACGCAAGAACCAGCCAAUAUUCUCUUUGAAUUACAACGCUACACAGCGAAAUUAAUGCGUGAGCUUGAAGAAAACGAUAGCACAGCUUACCAAAAACGUUUAAAACUUGCUAACUCUUUAAUUCAACUCUCAGCGCCCACGCAACGGCCAGGAUCUGAACUAAUGAUCAGAAAAUAUUUUCUUUAUCCUCUCAAUGGAAAAUGUCUGAUAGAAUUACUAAAAGCUAUGCAAUAUAUUAAAAUAAUGGAUCCUUUAUUCUGUAAAUCAUUCUGGGAUAAAAUACUCACUGAAUUAGAGCAUGAUGAUGAAUUUAAAAGCGAAUACAUGAUGAAAGUGUGUUAUUUAUACAUGUCGUGCCAUAAAUGUCUUCCGUUCAGACAUUUCAAGCUUGAAAAAAGGUUAAAUCAAUGGAUUGAAGGAUUGAUUGAGACUUCUCCGUUGUUAGAAGACACUAAGAAUUUCAUUAGUGUUGCAUCUUUUGUUAUUCCGUACGGUAAUGAUGUUUCGAUAAUAAAUUACAUCACGAAUAUGUUCAGAGACAAUUGGGAGAGAUUUGGACCGUUGGAUUGUGCAGGUUUGGCGCGUGGUUUGCACAUUGGGAAGAAUAUCACGAAAAAUGUGCAUUUAAAAGAUCGAUAUUACAGUAUUCUGUGUAAUACUAGCGAUAAAAUUAUUGAGAAAGUAUUAGAAGAUAGGAAACACGAUGAAAAACAUCCGAUUGAUGUGAAUAUUACAAAUGUUUUGAUGAAAUCGUACGUUUAUCGCAAUAAAAUGGACCAUUCAAUGGUGGAUAAACUGUUGUUAACAUACAAAGAUGAUACGUAUUUGUCAUCGAAACAGAUUAGAAAUUUGACGAUGUGUUUAUUAUUGAGUUCUGCACUGCUUCCUGGAAUUAUUGACAGAAUGGUGGAUUAUGUCUGCAAGUGUAAGGAGAGCAUCAUGGCGUUUAAUGCUGAAAAAGUUGCCUUUCUCUGUUAUUACCUGGGGUAUAUUCCAAAGAAGUCAGAAGUGUUUUCAAAGAUCUUGGUUGACUUAAUUUUAAGAGAUCAAGAGAAGAUUAAUGGCUUGAGCUACUUACAAAGUUGUUUGGCGCUUUGUUUCUUUAAUAACAUGACUAGUCCUCUAAUUAAACAAAUAUUUAAUGUGCACUUCAUGGAAAAGUUGGAUUUAGAGUUGAAACAUUGUUAUGCCAAAGAUGUUUAUCCAAGUCGUGUACGUCAGAAGUUAAUGCAACUUAAUAGAACAGUGUGUAUAGAUUAUCCUGAAUUAAAUAUUCCGUGGUUUCAUCAAAAGUUUGUUCAACAAUCAAAACAUGUGACGUUAAGUGAUCCAAGUUUUCUAAGCAACGUUGAAAACUAUUUAAAUAAAAUCUUCUAUGAUUGUGAUAUUGAGACAAAUACAUUGACACCUUAUGGUUACAAUGUUGACUUUACGAUAUCAUACAAAGAUGACAAUGAUAGUAUGAUCAAGUUAGGAAUAUUGCUAACCAAAUCAAAGCACUAUACACGAAUUAAUUCACAGUUAAAGGGUGCCAUGCAAACGAAAAUACGGCAUAUUGAGAUGCUUGGCUACAAAGUCAAACUUAUUUUUUACAACGACUGGAAUUGUUUGGUGUAUGCUGAGGAUAAGAUCGCGUAUAUUAGGAAUUUGUUAAAUUUGCCUAGUAGAUAUCCGAAAUUUUAUUACCAAAUAAAUAAUAGAUAACAGAAAGGUAAA